UUUUGUUGUAUUUUAAUGUCAAAGUUAGUGUCAUGUUGCUUUUGCUUGGGUUUUAAUUUACACAUGUUUGGAUUCAAAAUUUAACAAUAAAUUGUGUUAAAUUGUUAUCAAUCAUUAAACUAAAGUGAAGUGUUUGCAAAUCUACAUGCACCAUGUAAACAGGCAGCAUUCUUUUUAUCCAACAACUAUUUAUCAAGCUGUUGAUUUGCAUCCGUGCCAUAUUCAAGGAUGUAAUUAUGCUAAUGAUUGUCGACCCAAAUCACCAAAAAAAUUGAACAUGUAAUUAACUUGCGAUGGAAGAGGAGAGCACAGCCUGUCCCGGCGAGGCCGCCCCUCCUACCGGUGACGCACAGGCCAACAACGAUGUUCCUAACGCAGAUACAAAACCGGCGUCCGAGGACCUCGCAACUAGUGUUACGAAUAUAGAUAAUAAAGAAGAAAGUGAUAAUAAGGAUAAUUGUGAUGACAAAAAAGAAAGUGAAAUCAAAAAAGAUGAAAGUGCAGAAGUUAUUCUUGAAACAGUAAAUGCAGAAAUCAAGAGUCCAGUGCCAGUGCUGAAGGAGCCCUUCGUCGAGCCAGAACCUAGUGAACCCAACGAUGACGCCAGAUCGCUGGGCGACCUGGAUAGCUUGCCAGCUGGAGAUGAACUUGCACUUGGCGCUGCUGGCAGUGAUAGUGGUGUAGAGGGCUGCGGCCGUGCCCUGAGCAGCGGUGGCGGGUCCAGGUCGUGUGCGUCUAGUGUGGUGUCAUGUGGGUCCGGUUGCGGCUCGGAGAGCUCGUCACUGGCGGGUGCACCGCCGCGUCCUCGACGUCGCGUCAAUGUCAACGUCACUGAUCCGAAACGCAGCUCACCUGUCGGCUCGGCAGCCCCACGACCCGUGACGGCGCCUCGCGGCCCCAACCUGGCCACCCGUGAACGGGCUAGGAGUCGAGAGAAGCCAACUCCACCAGAAAAACCCCGACCACUGACACCAAAACCACGUAUUCGACCUACCGCAGACCUGCCUAAUCUCGUUCGCGAGAGCCCCGCGCUUCGUGCGAAACCUACUAAAACUUCAACGGCUCGAUGUCGUACACCUAACUCGCCAAGUGAAGAGAAAAGAUGGCCGGCCAAUGGACCGCGGUUGACGACAGUGACGGACGCGAAUGCGACUCGAGUGGCUGCCGACAAAUAUGCGACUCUGCCACGCCGGAGACGUGACGCGGAGCCUGAAGGCUCUCCGAAGCACGAAGGCACUCCACCAUCGUCGCGAAGACCUACUGUUACUCGUUCAGCUUCGUCUCGUUCUACCAUUAAAACGCGAGUUCGUAUCUACGCAGAGAAAACCUCGCAGACAGUGCUGAUCGGCACCGACAUCGAGGCAGCUCUGGCGGGGAUUGUGCCAAAUAUUGAGAGUCGUGUGGAAGUGUCCCGCUGCCACCGCGGCGUGCAGGCGAGCGCUCGGGACGCGGAAGCGAGUCGGCUGGCCGCCGCCCUAGCCGCGGCUGCCGAGGAGCGCGAGCGGCGACAGCGCGCUGAAGCACAACUGGCAGCAGAACGCGCAGCAAGGCUCGCUGCCAUCGCCGAACUCGACAGGAACUCGCAGAGGCUGUUGGACCUCGCCGGCGCUGGCGCCGGUGCUAACGCCGAUGGGUGUCUUCGAGUAUUGGAGGAGCAACUUCGCGCAGCCGGCGAACUCGCGGCCAAGCAACGCGCCGAGAUCGACGCCUUGCGCGAACAGUGCAAUAAGCUGCACGUUGAGUCGUGCAGCUUGCGCGAGAGCGCGCGCGUGGCGGAGGCGCGGCUGUGCGAGGCGGAGCGCGAGGCGGCCGAGAUGCAGGACUUCCUCGCCGCCGAGACCGGCGCGCUCAGCGACUCGCUGCGCGACGCCGAGCACGAGCUCGCCAGGGUCAACGCCGACCUCGACAGGAGGCGGGUCGAAUGCCGACAGCUAGUCCGUCUAUGCGAACAGAGGCGGCAGGAGGCGCUGGCGGCGGCCGCCAGGUCGCGGGGCGGAGCGCGCGGCGUGCACGCGCUGGACGCGCUGGCGCAGCGCCUCGCCCGCCUCACCCGCGCCGUGCAGCGCGCCUACCGCCUGCCGCACGACCUCGAGCCCACCGUCUAUCAUAACGACCUCUACAGCCGCAGCGACAGUGGCGAAGCCCUGUCCCCGGAAGAAGAAGCCGCUGGCGGGGGUCUCGUGGCUAACGUGGCUCGGGCACUGCGCCAGGUGCCUCCGCCCCCCGCCCCCGCCAGCCCCGGCGCGAGGGACGACGACCGCUCACACAUCUCCGAUGAUAACGACAACUCGGCCGACCUUCUUGAUUCAGAAACUGAGCCUUGUCUUGUUACUGACCCUGAAUGCGCAGAGGAAUGGUGGUCAGGCGCGGAAGGUGCGGGCGCGUGGAGCGGAGACGAACUGUCGCCUGAGAGGGACUACUAUACGGAUGACAAAGACGGCGAAUCAGCAUCAGCGUCAGAGCGGGAAUCCUUACGCACUCUCUCAGCCGCCAUCGCUCAGCGGCAACGCAGCGAGGCGGAGGAGACGGCGUGCGAGGGUCGCGGCGGCGUGCUGGCGCGGGCGCUGGCGCUGGACGCGCGGCUGUCGCGCCUGCUGCACGCGCUGCGCCACGCCGCCGCGCUGGCGGCCGCCAGGGGGGACCCUGACUCCUGCCGCCUCGCGCAGGCGCUCAAAGACAAAAUUGACAUGACGGAAAAGAAUGUAGCUGACGUAGUUGUCAAAAAGCUAGCCGAGUUUGACGCCAGUAAGAAUAUGAUGGAACAGUACCGACAAUCCGUAGAAACGCUCAAGAAGCAGUUGGCACAAGCCGGUGAGGAGGAUGAUAUAGAAGCGGUUGAGGAGGAGCUAUCGGGUUGCAGUGAGAGCGAGCGUCGUGCACUAUACGCAUCCCUGGACGCGGCGCUGUCGGCGCUGGGCGGCGCGCCCGCGCGCUGGGCGCGCCUGGCCGCCGCGCGCGCCCGCCUCGAGCGCCUCGCCUUCGCGCUCGCCGCCGCGCCCGCGCCGCCACCCGCCUCCCGAGCCGCGCCGCCCGCCUCCCUCGCCGCCCCGCCCGCACCCGCGCCAGCGCCGGCCGCGCUGCAGGGAGCCGCUUAAAAUAUGUGCUACAGAAUACCGUCUUAAUAGAUGACGUCACUCUCUAUGUACUGUUACCGUUUAUCUCUGACAAACUUUAAAUAAAAAUACGAAAUAGAAUCAAUUGACUGUAUUAUCAAAAUGACUACAUGACAUUAAUGCUUGUAAGCAAAUAUGUUAAUUGAUCUUAGCGUAUGAAGUAACGUCAUCUGUUUAGAUUCAUGUGUGACUGUCGACUGCACAUCUUAGUCCUCCACAAUCAGUGCCGGCUAAAACAACACUUAUUCACUACGUCUUCUAUUUGCCAAUAUAGAGUAGCAUAGCUCGUGCUCAUUAUUUGAUAAAGACUUGUUUUCACCGGCACUGACCACCUAAUAAGGUCCUUCAAUUAUCUACUUAAUUACAGCCAUCGCUGUUCUCGCCGAAAUACUUCCAUUUUUGUCAUAAUAUAGCUAAGGUUAGAAAACGAUAGAAACUAGUGUUCAUGAAUUGUUAACUCGUAUUGUGGAGCUUACGUUUGCCCUCCGCGCAGUAGGUCAUCCGUCCUGCGUAGUCCGUGACUAGAGUGUAGGACCGACGCAUCAAGCGAAUUGUAGUCACUGAAGGAAACGGCUUUUGCCGAAAUGUUUGAAAUUCCGAACGUUGUCUGGUCGUAAAUUAUAAGAAUGUUAGAUAGAAAUGAUUACAUCUUAUAACAGAUUCGUAUCUGAAAAUAACACAUGCCCUAAAAUGUGGCGUGUGUAUGUUUAGUCAUUUGUAGGAAAAUGGAAUGUUGCAGUAAUAAUGUUACUUAACGUAGUAGUCGUGUUCGAUGGAUCUCAAUGCGCAGAGAGCGUGAGUGUUGUAAGUCCACUAACAAUGCAAUGAUCAAGUCUUUGACGAUGGAACAAUGUAGUGUCAUAAUAUAUUUGCUUUUGUUUCCAUACAUUUUAGCCUAAGCAUUAACAUUUUCAUUCCUAAUUGCAUUUAACGUUUUCUGAAUUUUCAAUCAUUGCAAUCGCACUGUAUUAUUGAAAUUAAAUUUAUUAUUUAUAAGCUGUAACUUUUCUAAUGUGUUUUUUCUCUGUAUUAUUUGAUAAGUAUUAUUGUAGAACAUUUGUUUAUACGCUGCACUGUACGUGACUAUCGUUGUACAAUACAUCGCGUCCGGAAUACUGUAGUUCAUCACUAAAGUAUUCAAGUGCCAUUGUGUUAGCUCUUCUAAUGUAGGUACCUAUUGUAGUGCUGAUCUUGGGUUUAAAUCUAUUCUACUCGCCAAUCAUAUGUUACGUCACAAAUAUCGAGUAUAACUACGUCACAAUACCGAUUCUCCCACCUCUAUAAUAAUCUUUACGUAAAGCACAUUUAUCUGAAUAUUACCUUUACAUCAUAAAUCGAAGAAUACUGUUCAAGUCAUAUUCAGACGAGACGUAAUAUAUGAAAAGUCGCAAAUAUUUAGCCAGCUGGAAUCAUGGAAACCAUAUAUUUUAUACGAUAUUAAAAUGUAAAUAAAAUGGAUGGUACACAAUUAUAUCACAAUAUUUAUUUUUCUGAUCUAGUCAAUAACAUUCGAUAUUUUAAUUCGAUUUACAUUAAAAUAUAAUCAGAAAUCUAUUGUCUAUAAAAUAAAUAUAGAAUUCGACUUCUACUCAAUCUGUAUUUAGAUUAUUAAAAAUAUUGUGUUGCCCUUUUUUGAUUUAUUAUUAUUUAUUCAAUAAGGCAUGCAUUACACAAUAAAUGAGAACUAGAUUAAUAUUUUACAUAAUGUGCACAGUUUAUGAAAUGAAAACGUUGCAAGUUUGACAAAAUUGUAACAAAUGAGACUGAUAUUGUAUUUACGUUGAACGAAUCGUUGACGGUCGUGUUGAAGUUUGCUAAAAUGAGUGUUAUAAUAUUGUUUUAGGACAAAUGACUUUAAUUGCGUGAAUCCCUCAAUAUGCAGCACAUUAACUGUAUGAUAAUACGAAAAGCUUUUGUAUAUACAUGUAGUACAAAAUCAAUAAACUCGCUUCGUCCAUCCACGUCGCUUGCUUCAGGUGCUGAUGAUACGUAAUCAUUAGAUAUAAUAAACUUACAAAUAUCGAUACAGAAUUUAUGCGAACACCAACUGCCCAGGUCAGUGGAGUAUAUCAUAGGUGAACUUGAAUUUAUUUCGAAUUAAAUCGUGAAAAUUAUGCGAUGUAAAUACAUUAGUGUAUGUAAAUAAAAUAUAUUGAGCGACA